CAAUAAUAUUUUGCGCUAAACUCAACAACAGAAGUAUUGAUACCAUUAAGAAAUUUCAUAUAACAUUUUCAGUACGUAAAAUGUAAUCAAAACAGAAUAUUUUUCGGAGGAGAGGAACAUAAAGGGAAGGUUUACAUCGAGAGAGAGAGCUGAAAUUUAAAAGGACGAUUACAGCGUUAUUGUUUAUUUUAAUAUAGGUGCGGAAAAUGAAACGAAAUCUCUUCUUGCGCUUUCCCCGCUUUUCCUAGCAUCCGUUUCGUCCCGCGAAAUAGGAAAUCCGUUGUCGCCUCUUGGAGGACGGAGGGCGAAGGGCGGCGAUGCGUCGCGACGCGGCGCAGCGCGACUGGCGCCUGGUAUGUCGACCGACCGACCGACCGACUGCACCGCACGGCACAACGUGGUGAAUACACACGACGGUGACCUGCGUUCGACAUGCCCCGCGAUCCCAAGUUUCACCGGCGAUGCGGCCACUGUGUCACCAUCGACAACGAGGAUCGCAACGCCACGCGCAGUUACUCCGAGUAUAAUCACGGCCUGGUGUUCAGCGCCCAGCCGCUCGAGGAUGAUGAUGUGUUCGAAAUUUUUAUUGACAAGAAGAUCGUAUCAUGGAAUGGCAGUAUAGCAAUUGGAGUAACAGAAUGCGAUCCCGAGACCAUGGAGAUACCAUCCUCUGCCCUACAUCUUCGUUACGGGUCUUGGAUCAUGACUGGCUCUAGCAUAGUUCACAAUGGUAAUCGUAUUGUGGAAGUAUAUGGGGAGGAUCUUGGCAAUCUAAAGGCAGGGGACAUGUUGGGAGUUAUGCGGACGUCCAAUCACGAAUUGGUGUUUUACAUCAAUGGUAUUUCGCAAGGCGUCGCUGUGAACAACAUUCCUCCGCGUGUAUUUGCUGUUGUGGAUAUGUACGGUGAUUGCGUUGAAAUCAGCACCAUUUCUUGUCCCGACCCUGCCACUUUAUGUAACAUAUUUAAAAACGAAGGCGAGAUUAACAAUGAUUACGCUGCGGGGGAGACCUCCAGUUCUACGACAACCAAUCUAGUCGCUAAUUUAAAUGUCAAUCUAAGUGUCAAUGUAAAUGUUAAUUUACCGAAGAAUCCAACUCCCGCUGCUAUAAGGGAGGACAGAUUGAAGUUUCACGAGCGAGUGGGCUCGCUGGUGAAGCUCUCUAACAAUGCCAGAACCGCCGAGAGACGGAGGCCGCUCGACGAAUUCAACAAUGGUGUCGUAAUGACUCAUAGGCCGCUGCGAGAUAACGAAUUAUUUGAGAUACGAAUAGACAGAUUAGUAUAUAAAUGGUCGGGUAGCAUAGAAGUCGGCGUUACCACUCACAGUCCUACGGCACUGGAGUUUCCGGCAACGAUGACUAACAUGCGUUCGGGUACAACGAUGAUGUCUGGCUGUGGUAUUCUAACAAAUGGCAAAGGCACUCAACGAGAAUAUGGCGAAUUUAAUUUGGACGAAUUGAGGGAAGGCGAUCGUGUGGGAAUGAUUAGGCAAAGUAACGGAGACCUUCAUUAUUUAAUAAAUGGUUUGGAUCAAGGCGUUGCUGCUAAAAUACCAGCGGGUGUGUGGGGCGUAAUAGAUCUUUAUGGAAUGACCGUGAAAGUAACCAUUGUCGAUCGCGACGAAAGAGAAGAACAGAAUCUAGUCACUAGGAGAAACACAUUGCAGCUACAAGGUCUAGAUAGCGAAGAAGCUGGAGAAGAGGAUCUUCCCGAUAGACUGAUGUUUCAUCAAUGUUGCGGUACACACGCCGAUGUGAUCAAUAAUGGGCGUACUGCGCACAGACCUAACGCCAUAGACGAUUUCAAUAACGGCGUAGUAUUGACUUCGAGGCCAUUGAAACCGAAUGAGUUGUUCGAAGUCAGACUGGACAAAAUUGUCACUAAAUGGGCUGGUUCCAUCGAAAUAGGAGUCACUACUCAUUCCCCGACGGAACUGGAGUUCCCAUUUACCAUGACGAAUGUCAGAUCUGGCACGUGGAUGAUGACGGGCAAUGGCGUGAUGCACAAUGGUACGACUAUGAUAGACCAGUAUGGUCAAAAUUUGGACCGUCUGCAGAUUGGCGAUCGCGUAGGUGUGAUGAGGAAAGACAACUCAACACUGCAUUUUUAUGUGAACGGCGCUGAUCAAGGUGUAGCCGCGAUGAACGUGCCUGAAAGAAUCUAUGGAGUAAUCGAUCUCUACGGACAGGCCGCUCAAGCCACCAUAGUCGACAACGUAGAUUUUUACAGUCCAACCACGAACAAUUCGAGUUUUAGUAAUACAACGUUGUAUAGCGAUCUAAGGUUUCAUCACGUACACGGUAAAAAUGCGAGGAUUACGAAUAACGGUUUAACGGCGUCCAGACCGCGAGCUCUGGGCGAAUUCAACGAAGCUAUUGUAAUUGCAAAUCGUGCAUUACGCGAUGGUGAAAUGUUUGAGGUGACGAUAGAUAAAAUGGUUGCCAGAUGGUCCGGUGCGAUAGAAGCAGGAGUCACUGUGAUAAGGCCCGAUGAGCUAGAAUUUCCAUCUACGAUGACAGAUAUCGAUCAUGAUACGUGGAUGCUUUCCGGGUCGACAGUGAUGCGUGACGGUGUGACGUUGCGUAACAAUUACAGUUGCGAUUUGGAUAAGCUGACGGAGGGUAAUCGGAUUGGAAUGAUGCGGUGCACAGAUUCUUCCUUGCAUUAUUUCUUGGAUGGAGUGGACCAAGGUCUUGCCUGUACCGGUUUACCACCCAACGUUUAUCCAGUAAUCGAUUUAUACGGACAAUGCGCACAGGUGACGAUUGUAGUGCCUGAGCGUAGAGAUCCUCUGACACAACAGUAUUUGCCGUCAGAGAAUAGUAUUAGUCAACAGCCGACCUCAGUAAUUCAGCCUCAGGCGCAAACUGAAAUUCUACACAAGUUCCACGAGUCAGUCGGAUUGAACAUUCAAUUGAACAGCGAUCGAACAGUGGCGACUAGAUGCAGAGAAUACAAUAACGCUGUCUUGUUGAGCGAGGCCGCACUGGAAAAUAACGAGUUGUUUGAGAUUGCCAUUCAGGAAGUGGCGCGUGAAUGGAGCGGUUGUCUGAGGAUAGGUGUCCUGAGUAACGAAACGGGCAACUGGUUGACAUCAAUGAACCUGGUACCUGGUAUGACAUCCAUUCCCAACGACGCAUGGUACCUGACGGGUAACGAGGUGAGACACACGGGUUUCGCGCUCGCCUCGAACUACUGUACGAGCCUGGACUGGUUGCGAGUGGGCGACAAGAUCGGCGUAAAGCGCACACACGAAGGUAACCUAAAGUUCUACGUGAACGGCGAAGAUAUGGGUGUAGCGGUAUCUGACGUACCGGAGAUGGUGUAUGCGGUAAUUGAGCUCUUUGGCAGCACCGUGGCCGUAAACAUCACCAGUAGCAGGCAGCAGAAUUCCGCUAUUUCUCCUAAUGCUAGUUUGAGACUGCAGGAUUCAUUGGAACUCUUGCUGGAUCCGAUGCCGCCGAGAAACGAUCCGGGAAUGGAUACAUCUAUCGAUGUGUCCGAAGGGAAACUGAUUAACGAGGUAACACUCACGCCGACGCAAGCCACUGGCACUGGUUUGACCACCAGCGACGGGGAUUGGAGUUAUGAAUUCCAUGAGAAUCAUGGCAGAAACAUUCAGCUCGAAACGAAAACAGUUGCCAGACGAGUAGCCAGUUACAAUCAGGGUGUGGUAAUGUCCAGUCGUCCGCUGAUAAAGGGCAAGCCGUUCCAAGUAAAAAUAGAAAAGUUAAACGAACGUUGGGUGUCAAAUAUUCUCUGUGGCAUUUCUUGCAUAUCGCCAGAGAAGCAGACAAGCUUCCCAUUAACAGCGCUUGGUUUUAAAAGGCACUCAUGGAUCAUCUGCAGCGAUUGGAUAUUCCAUAAUGGCAUGAGAGUGAAGACGAAAUACGGCGCCGGCUUGGAGAACCUUCAGUGUAACUCUAUCGUAGGCUUGCUAAUCGACGAGGACAAUCGACUGCAUUUAAUCAUCAAUAACGUGGAUCAGGGAGUAGCCGCGACCGAUUUGCCACCGUACGUCUUUGCCGUGAUCGAUUUAUAUGGACAGUGCGAACAGGUGUCUAUUACAGGGAUCAGCGAAGAGCCUUCUUAUUCGAAUGUUGCCAUCGACAAUGCCCUCGCGGCUCCUAUCGAAUGCACGAGCGUGGAAACGGAGGAUGUGGAGAAUUCGCGCGAAAAAGCCGAUCUGGAAUGUCACGAAAAGGAGAACGCAAUGGCGACUACCUCGUCGGAUCUUUCGCCGUCUUCGACAUCACCGAGCGUGCCGAGUCAGUGCAGUUCAAACGCUAGGGAUGGCAAUUUGGAAGCUGAAUACUCAUCCUUUGAUAGUAAUAAUAGCGCGAACGUGGCGAACAAUAGUGUAGGUAUUAAAGCGGCGUCGAGUAUUGAUAGUAACAACUCGGACUCGGGCUCGGAGCUUAGCAACGACACGCGAAGCACCAAGAACAAAGUGUAUCUGGAUAACGUCGUACCGCCAACGUUGAACAAGCAGUCUGAGAACAACUCGAGUGAGUCGAAUCUCGAUGUGGAAAACCGCGCCCUAUGUACAAACGUAGAAAUAAAUAACGCGACUAACAUUAAUAUACAGAAAGGCAUGGUUGCCAGCGCGAGUAAUAUGACCAGCUUGAAUGCGGCGAUUACCGCGACGAACGCCAACAACGCAAUUAACGAAAGUAUAGCGUCCAAUAGUCAAGUCAAUAUUGUAAGCAGCGCGCAGCAGAACAAUCUGUCAGAUCUUCCCAACAACACUUGUUCCGGCUUUCAUGAGUCGCGGUCGUACGUGAACCGGGACAAUGUCCGCGACAACUCCUUCAACGGGAACAUACCUCCGAGCCAGAACACGACGGCGAAUCAACGGGACGUGUUGUAUAAUACAUCUUCGGUACCGUUUAUGCCGUCAUUACCGUCCACUCCACUUGGAUCUACCGUCGUUGCGUCGUCCAGGAAGUGCGACUAUCUGAAAGCGUGCAUACAGCUGAAGAAAUCACUCGUUCUGCCAGACGAAUUUUUCUCUACUGACGAGAUACUGUGCUACUGCAGCAUGUGCUAUAAGGUGGACGGUGACAACGCGUUCUGCAAAAAAGGCGAGCCGCCGGCGGAGUUUGCGAUACCGGUCGGCUGGGCCAGGUUCCCACUGAAGCAAAGCAUCAACGCCAAUCAGAUCCCACAAAGCACGACGGACAAGUGGCAUGUCGCAUUCUAUAGUAUACGUCUGGACGCGAUAAGAUUGAUUCUGGACAGGGGAGAGCUAAUGACCAAAGAGCAACUGGACGUGAGUAACUUGACAUCGGGCACGAAGAGCGAAGAUCAGAAUCCUCAGGUAAUGUUUUCGCCUGCCGUCAAAUAUGCGGCGUCCGACGAAUUCACGAGAAAGUAUCCUUAUAUUGAUAUGCAGUUGAAUAAAAAACUGAACGCAUCGACAGCGUUCCAAUUACUAGUGAGACCCGGAUCGUACACGACCUUUCCUAAAGUAUUCCGCGACGAGAAUGAGCGUUAUUGCGAGUCCGUCAAAUGGGCCACCAAAGAAGCCGGGGCCACGGUGAUAGUCGCCCUACUCGUUCAUCUAGAUGGAUUUUAAUAUUUGUGCCCAUUUCCGAAAGUGUUUUCCAACUGGACUUGUAUAUUUCUCUGUCGACAUCGAGCAUGCUAAUGUUGGAUGAUUUGACUGUUUGUACAUAAGACGUGCCGUUAACACGACUGUGGUAAGAGACUCAAGAUCGAUACAUUUCAAUUCCGUCGAAAAAUCGCGCUGUUUUUUUUAUGUUAAAUUUCGCGCAACGUUUCCUCGUGCGCAUGGUUUAGCCGUUAAUGAACUUUACCAAAAUAUUUAUGUGCUAGAUACUAAAUUAAAAUUUUAAUUAUCUUUAAACGUUGAACGCUUAACGUGUACAGUAUCGAUGAGUAUAUAAUAACUGCGUUUAUUUAUAUAUAGAGAUAACUCACUAGAUAAGGAUUCGUUGUAGAUUCGCUGGUUAGUUAUGACGUUUUUGUGACGUAUCGUAAAAGACUUUUAAUUAUAAGUUUUAAAUGUUUUAUCACGCACGUGUCACAUGUACGUCGCUAGACUGGCCUAAGUUAAUGCUCACGAGAACAAAUAGUAUAUGAAAUGUACGGCAUUGUCUCAAUGAUAUUUGCCGUUUGUCAGCGAAAAGAACACAGUAUUUUUGACGCCCGCGCUUCACGCCUAAUCGAUAAACCAAAUCUCUAUUGUAUCGCAUUAGUUAAGUAAAUCUCAAGACACAAUAUACGAUUUUUUUAACGCACUCUUCUGCAGCAUAUUCGAUAGAAAAGAAUCGUGUAAUAUGUCUAUGUUGUAGAAAUAAACAAUGCAAGUGCAAUUCACAUUGCCAACACUAAA